AUGAGACCUUCCUGGGCCCUGUUCGUCCCCUCUCUUUGCGUAGGAAUCCAUGCCUUUGGCCUUCCACCAGUUGGGGACUCCACCCAGCAUGUACUAGGCUCGCUUGAUGUCUCUGGUGCAACGCCCUCUCUAGAAUGUGUUCCUCAGUCAUCAGAGGCAAACUGUGACUGCACUUGUUCCAAUGGCAUUCAAUUUAACCAGCCCCUUUCCCUCGGUUCGACCAGUAAUCGUCUUUCGGGUGAUUGUCAAGUUGAGAAAGACGAAUGUCUGCUGCGUGAGGCGCAACUCGCGUAUGACUUCAACGAAAUCAGACUAUCCUACAUGGUUCAGGAACAGCAGACAGCCGCCGAACUCGACGCACUCAAACUAUCCAGCCUCCAGACCGAACAACAGCACCUGAAAACAGAGAAAGAACUGCGAGAGCAAAUAGCCGUGUGCCAGACGAAGCAGAUGCCGCCGCCGCAAUACCAGGGCUGCUACAGCGACACGUCGAAUCGCGUGCUCCCCGUCUUGACCGAAGCGUGA